CAUCUCAGUGUGUUGCGUGAUAACGAAUUCGUUGAAGGAAGUAAACGAAGUUGUUUUUCCGACAGAAAAGUUUUUACCGAGUUGAAAAUCUCAGUGUGCCGUUGGUUAUAUAGCGUUUUUCUAGUAAGAAAAAUACAUUAGGAAACAUUAACUUGUUGUUUAGCUGUAUGUUAUUUAAAUAAAUGUUGUUUACUUAAAUAAUGAUAUGAUAAAAAUAAUAAAGUGAGUGCGUGAAGAAAUUUAUUUAAAUCGAAAAUACAAGUACGAAUUAAACCGGUUGCCUGCCCCUUGAUUUUUACAAGUUGCUGGUUACUUUGUUACAAGUUUUGAAAGUGAAAUUGUACCUUAAAUCGGGUAGUUGCUGUAGAAAGUGUGAAAUUAAUAAAUGUUAUCUGACCAUUUUUGAUGUUAAUAUUCUGGUUGUUCAAAUACAUUAACGAGUGCGGUAAAUAAAACAUUAAUGUUUUUUAUCCCUUGUACAAAUAACAGAGUUUAAAAAUAGCCCAUAUUCGUAAGUGUUGAGAUCACGUGAAUCAAAGGAUAAUUAUCAUCGUAUCUGCUGGAUUUUUUAAGAGCGCCAAGAUCUCAAGAACAAUCCACUGGCAUUUUUGAACACAUGGUGAUCCUGGAGCUUCGGUGAGGGGGGAGCCUGGCCAUGCGCCUCGGCCUGGCUUCUCUGCUGGUCGCGCUGUCGUGUUUCUUCUGCCGCCCCCUUGCCACCGUCGCCGUCACCAGCCCCACUCCAGAGAAUGACGAGGCCCGCCUGACGUCCGGCGCCUACCAAGCCCCCAGCCCGACCAGCCUCGAUUCCCCCUACGGCUCCGCCGAACCGGACUACCUCAGCUCGGAGCAGCCCCUGCUCUUUUCCCACUUCUCCGACAACCACCUGAGGGACGAGAAUGACUUCAACGCCACGCUGCCCGGAUUCUUGGAGUCGCACGAUUUUAGGAAGAACCUGUCGGUGGGCGACCAGGUCCUUCCUAACGUCCCCAUGGCCAGGAAGAAGGAGCUCACCGUGGGGUAUCUGACCACGGUGAAGGGGACUAUGAGCGAACGGCAAGGGCUGCAGGUCUCGGGAGCGAUAACGAUGGCUUUGGAUGAGAUUAACAACGAUCCAACAAUUCUACCAAACGUAACGCUUAGGCUCAAAUGGUACGACACGAGGGGCGAUACAGUGGUAGCUACCAAAGGCAUGACUGAUAUGAUCUGUGAAGGAGUAUCAGCUUUUUUUGGCCCCGAAAGUACUUGCUACGUAGAGGCCAUCAUUUCACAAGCCAGAAAUAUCCCUAUGAUAAGUUAUAAAUGUUCUGACUACAAAGCCUCUAAAGUUCCCACAUUCGCUCGAACGGAACCCCCUGACACACAGGUUACAAAAUCUGUAGUUUCUCUUUUAAGUUAUUACAAAUGGCAUAAAUUCUCUAUAAUUUUCGAAAAAGAUUGGGAAACUGUGGCCACUUCCCUAAAGGAAGAGGCACUGAAUAAGAGCAUGACGAUAAAUUACCAGAAAAUGGUAAUGGAACGUAACGUAUGUUGCGCGGAGAAUUUAAGAUGUUGCCAGAUAGGCGACAUGCAAGAAUUCAUACAGGAUACUAAGAAUAGGACGAGGAUUUAUGUAUUUUUGGGCACAAGAACGUCUUUGGUAGAACUUAUGAACAUAAUGCAAAGCGCACGGAUGUUCGAAAAUGGUGAAUACAUGGUCAUUUUUGUCGAUAUGAGUGCUUAUUCUGAACAAGACGUACACAGAUACUUGUGGAAACUUGAAGUUAUAAAUCAGUACAAAAGGUGUGAAGACAUACCAGGCUCAGAGGCAUUUAAGAAACGAGCAAAAUCAUUAUUUGUAGUGGCUCCAACUGCUCCUACAGCAAAUUAUAAAAGUUUUACUGAAAAAGUACAAAGCUACAAUUCUAAGGAACCUUUUAAUUUCUCGGUGUCUAAUGUCUUUUUAAGUUCCUAUGAAAAAUAUGUACCUAUCCAUGCCGCCUAUCUAUUUGACUCGGUAAAGCUAUAUGCUUCAGCCCUCCAUUAUCUGUUAAUGAAAGAGCCUAUUUUAACUGACAAGGUUAUAACAGACAUAUCAAGCAAUGGAACGAAGAUCAUAGAAACAAUUAUUAAAAUAAACGGAACAUACAAAAGUGUCACUGGGGCUAUGAUGAAAUUAGAUAAGAACGGCGACUCCGAGGGAAAUUUUUCGGUCCUCGCCUAUAGAGAAUCCCCAGUCUCACAUGGUCGCAAUUUUUCCUGCGGAUAUCAAAUGAGGCCUGUCGGGCAGUUCUAUCAAACUCCAACUGAGUUACCUCAAUACGACAUAAACGCAAACACCCAGAUUUUCUGGCCCGGGAGCAAUCGGCCUAACGACGAACCUAGUUGCGGAUUUUUCAACGAACUUUGUCCCAAACCCAACACUCACCUCAACAGUAUUAUCGCUGCGGGUGUAUUAGCCAUAAUGCUGUUUUGUGCAGGGGUGAUUACGAUGAGUAUAUACAGGAAAUGGAAAAUAGAGCAGGAAAUAGAAGGGCUCCUGUGGAAGAUAAAUAGGGAAGAAAUCCAAAGUUACUUUGAAAGGGACAUCAUAUCUAGCCCCAGUCGGCUUAGUUUAGCCAGCGCUAGCGUCACGUCUUACGAAUCUAGAGGAGGGCUGCAGGUGUUCGCUACUACCGCUCAGUACAGGGGGGUGGUGGUGCGUAUAAAGGAACUUACGUUUUCUCGAAAAAAAGACAUUUCCCGUGAAGUCAUGAAGGAGAUGCGGUUACUGAGGGAGUUGCGCCACGAUAACGUCAACUCUUUCAUCGGAGCUUGUGUCCAACCCACCUCAUUGUUUCUAGUCACCGACUACUGUGCCAAAGGAAGCUUAUAUGAUAUUAUAGAAAACGAGGAUAUUAAACUAGAUAAAAUGUUUGUUGCUUCGUUAGUUCAUGAUCUCAUCAAGGGCAUGUUGUAUAUACACAACUCAAUGCUGGUGUGCCAUGGUAAUUUAAAAUCCUCAAACUGUGUAGUUACGAGUCGUUGGGUGCUUCAGGUUACUGAUUUUGGUCUAGCCGAGAUGCGUCAUUGCGCCGAGAACGACAGCAUAGGUGAACACCAGUAUUUUAGAAGUUUGUUUUGGAAGGCGCCGGAAAUUUUGCGAAAUCCAAGCGCAUACAUUAAAGGAACGCAGAAGGGUGAUGUUUAUGCUUUUGCCAUAAUUCUAUUUGAAAUAUUAGGAAGGAAGGGUCCCUUUGGAACGACAGGAUACGAACCAAAAGACAUAAUAGAACUAGUAAAGAAGAUCCCGCUGGACGGGGAAGAACCAUUCAGGCCUGACAUAGACGUGCUACUUGAUUCGGAACUAGGCUGUGAUGAAUACGUUUUGCAAUGUAUGAAGGAUUGCUGGGCGGAAAACCCAGACCUCAGGCCAGAUUUUGCCAGUAUACGUAGUAGACUAAAGAGAAUGAAAGAUGGAAAGAAUAAAAACAUUAUGGACCAAAUGAUGGAUAUGAUGGUUACAUACGCCAAUAAUUUAGAGGAACUUGUUAAUGAGAGGACAAGGCUGCUUUAUGAGGAAAAAAUGAAAACGGAGGACCUUCUUCAUAGAAUGCUACCAAAGCCUGUUGCAGAGAAGCUGACGCGGGGGCAUGGAGUCGAACCGGAAUCGUUCGACUUGGUAACCAUAUAUUUCAGUGACAUUGUAGGUUUUACUUCAAUGUCCGCAGAGAGUACACCGUUGCAAGUAGUUAAUUUUCUUAAUGAUCUCUAUACAGUAUUCGACGGAAUUAUUAAAGGCUACGACGUUUACAAGGUUGAAACCAUCGGUGACGCUUAUAUGGUGGUGUCUGGUUUACCCAUCAGAAAUGGUGAUAGGCAUGCUGGUGAAAUAGCGUCCAUGGCAUUAGACUUACUAGCUGCUGUGAAGAAUCAUUCCAUAGCUCACCGACCUAACGAAACGCUUAAACUUAGAAUCGGCAUCCACACAGGACCAGUCGUGGCGGGCGUGGUAGGACUAACCAUGCCACGUUACUGCCUCUUUGGCGACACAGUAAACACGGCCUCUCGGAUGGAGAGCAACGGGGAGCCCCUGAAAAUCCACAUCAGUUUCCAGUGCAAGGAGGCUCUGGAUAAGUUAGGUGGCUACAUUAUAGAAGAAAGAGGCAUAGUCUGUAUGAAGGGUAAGGGUGACGUUAGGACUUAUUGGUUAACCGGAGCUACGGAUCAAGCAAUUCAGAAGAGAGAAGUGGACCUCGGAGAGUUGCCGCCGUUGUUCUGCCGGCCUAGGCGAAGUCCCAAGCUGAAUGCCGAUUCUCGGCAAGCUUCCGUGUGUGGCGGGUUCGGUGGGAUGCAUAGUAGGAGACACUCCAGUGUACCGAGAGGUACAAGUAUAGAAGUCGAAAGCACAUCGACCAUUCAGAACGCGAGCCCAAUUCCGAGUCGCCACCUCCUGAAAGUAAAUCGUCACAAUUUGCAUGUUCCAGACCCGGGCGGGUCUAAGCUCACUAUAAACACAGCGUUCGGUAGCCAGAUCUUGGAGGCGCCGGAGGACACUAGAAGAACAGUACGUACCAGGCGGAUCUUGUCUAGUAUAGCCUCCAGUUCCGACGAACAUAGCAAAAGUCAGGGUAUGUUGAACAGGAUUCGGGAAUCGAAGUCUCUAGAUCCCCUGCCAAUAGCCAAGCACGCUCAAGCGCUGAAUCUAAUCGAUAGAUACCUGAAGGGUCCAACUCGUUCCACGAGGUCGUUGGAGAAUUGUGAUAAGUGCGGUGAAAUACAAAUAAUAGCCAUACCCGACGAUAAACUUAUGAAUAAUAAUUUCCCGAACGGGAAUUUGGUGAAUAUACCUCCCGACGAUACUAAUAAUUACAUAGAAGAUGUUCAGGUGCCAUUGCUAAACACUACGGAGAAUCCGGCGAUUAUACGAAGACGAGGUGGGAGUGCUGUCGAUGAUCUACCCGAAAGUGAGUUCUCGAAAAGAUGGCGUUCUUUAGAGGCAGUGCCAGCAUCUUGCGAUCAGUUAUCGGACGUGCAAAGCAAAAAAUCGAUUCCACGACAUUCUUUGAAGAACUUUUUGGUUGGGCUGUUUAAUGGUAACGGAUUGAAAUCUAGCAACUUGCAACAGGAAAAGGAAAGUAUUGUCUAAGUCAAUAUAAAGUGUUAGAUGUAUAAAAUAUUAUUACAAAAAAAAAAAUUAGUUUGAACCAUUACAGUAAAUCUAAAGUAAAUGAGAUAUAACUAGUCUAAGUAUAGAAGAAAACAUAUAAGAAUUAUCAAACCCUUUUACAAAUAGAAGCUAUAUUUUUCGAAAUUAAAUUAUUUUUUUAUAGAAAAAUUAGCAUAUUUUCUAAGCCUUUUCUGACUAUAAGCAUGUGUACAGAUAUGCAUUUAUGAUUUUUAACUUUGUGAUUGAAGGGAACUCCUGCAUCUACUUAAAAGACAACGUAAAUCAAUACAUUUUUCCCCAAGUGUAUAUUUCUUACCUUUUCAAGAAAAGUGUUCGUAACUGUUCGUACUGAGCUAAAAUUCUGUCAGAAAUAACAUAAGUUUAUAUAUAUUUUAUUAUUUGGGCUCACCCUGUAAAGUUAUUAGCUCGUGAAGUUGAGAGUUGAAAAUAGAUUUUUAGUUGCUAUUUACAGUUAUUUCUAUUAAUGCGAAUGUCCUCACGAAAGUAGUUAUCGUUAAAUUGAACACUUCAGUAGAAAUAGCAUAAAAUAAUAUAGCUUUCACCUAAAAAUUAUUCAAAUUUAAUGAGAAACAAAAAAUCGAUUUACAACUCUCAACUUGAAGUCCUGCAAAGUCUAGGAAAAAAUUCUGCGGGUAAGAAGUGUUCAUUUUUAAGUUUUAGGCAAAUUAUGCUGGCGUUGUGCAAAUUGUAACAAGAGAUUAUAAUUUUCAAAAAAUUCGUUAUUUUUGAGCAUCUCUGAAAUUUUUUGUGAUUAAUCAAUUUUGUUUAAUUAGUACAUAACAUUUGCAGGAGCUACCUUAAGAGAAUCGGUGAGAAUGCGGAGUAUUGUCUCCGGAUUUCGCAAACCCUAAUUCUGCUAUAAAGUAAAUGUGACUAUAUAACCAUAUCAAACCUAUGCUAAAUUUGAACAAGAAUAAGUAGAUGUUACGUUAAGGUAAAUAUUAGACAGUAGGAAAGAUUAAAAUGAAUGGAAAUAUUGGCAUUUCAUAUCAUGUAAAUAAACUAAAUAAUUGUGAAAGUGUUUUUUCAGAUCUUCAAAAGAUUAUAUUUGUAGUUUAGGGAUGUAUACAAAAAUGUGCAAGAACAAUUUUCUUUAAACCUUUCAAAAGCAGUCUCUUUAUUAUUGUACAUUAUUUAUUUUUUCAGCCUAUUAUAAUACAUUUUUGUAUACUUGAGUGUUACCAUUUUAAAAAUAAUGAAC